GCUAAUCUCUGGCUCUGCCCCCUUUGCCCAACCAAACGGCUGAACCCUGCGACUGCCCUUUGCCUGCGACCAUCACCAUCCUCGGACAACCGAACGGAAGAACCGUGCGACCAUCACCAUCACCAGUUCACGGUAAGGUCGUGUCACUUUGUUUUCUAAAUUAUUUUCGAAACUAUCUGGAUGCUUUCCGACUUCCGUUAUUUUCAAGUUGGAGGUAUUGGAUCAUAAAGCUCGUGAAAGAGCUGGACUUAUAACACCUACUCUUGGUUCACCAAUUCCUGUGCAAUUGUGGCUUGAUAUUGCUAUUGAGGGAAAGCUUGGAUCAAAUUUGUAACGUGCAGACUUCAAGUCUCUGAAAAUUUGGAAUGGCUGAUUCGAAUAGGGAAAGCUUGGCAAUGAUUGAAGAGGGCAAUGAUGCUGAUGCAGAAAGCGAUGAAUUGGAAGUCGAAGAAUGACCUGCUUUUAAAAGGCCUAGGAACAUUUCACAAUAAUAGGAGAAAAAGGGCAUGAAAAGGCAAGAUGCAAUGGUUGCAAGAUAGAGUACAAGAUGGACAGUAAGACUUGCGGUACGUCUACUUUAAACCGUCACAUAGACAAAUGCACACAAAUCAAACAUGAAGAAAUUGGCCAAGUCAUUUUAGACAUGCAAGGUAAAAUGAAGGCUAUAAAAAUAGAUAUGAAGGUAGCACGUGAGAUGUAUGCUGAAGCUGUUAUUGAACAUGACCAGCCUUUUAACUUUGCUGAGUAUAGGAAGUUUAGGCGUUUUCAUAAUUACUUGAAUUCAGAUUGGACUAGCAUUUCUAGAAAUACUCUUAAACAAGAUGUUUUAAAUGUGCACAUGAGAGACAAGAUGAAGCUGAAAAAGAUGUUUGGUAGCAUUGAAAGUAGGAUAUGCUUAACUUCAGAUUUGUGGACAUCUUGUAAUACUGAGGGUUAUGUUUGCUUAACUGCCCAUUUCAUUGAUGUAAAUUGGAAGCUGAAUAGUAAAAUUAUUGUCUUCCGUCAUAUGCCUCCUCCUCAUACUGGAUUUGAAUUGACUCAUAAAAUACUUGGUUUGUUAAAGGAAUGGGGCAUAGAGAAGAAGAUUCUUACCAUUACUUUGGAUAAUGCAUCUGCAAAUGACUCUAUGGUUGGUGGUUUGAUAAGCCAAUUGAAUAUGCAAAAAUUGUUGUUAUGUGAUGGAAAAAUUUUCAAGUGCACACAUAUUGAAUUUGAUUGUUCAAAAUGGAGUAAAAGUUGCAAAUGAUGUCUUGUCUCGGAUUAGAGAGAGUGUUAAAUAUAUAAAAGGCUCGGAAUCAAGAAUGAUCAAAUUUAAGGAGUGCAUUGAACAAGUUGGUGGUGAGAAAAUUGUAACUGCAUUGAUAGCAGAUGUACCCACUAGAUGGAAUUCCACUUAUGAAAUGCUUAAUCGUGCUCUCAAAUUCAGGCGUGAGUUGGCAAUUCUCCAAUUGAGUGAUAGAAAUUACAAGUAUUAUCCUUCAGAAGAAGAGUGGAAUAGGUUGGAAAUUCUUUGUCGGUUCUUGCAACCAUUUUGUGAUAUCACUAAUUUGAUGUCUGACACUUCUUAUCCUACUUCUAAGUUGUAUUUUCUACAAGUUUGGAAAAUUCAGCGUGUUUUCAUUCGUAUGAGUAAUGAUGAAGAUGUGGUUGUAAGUAGCAUGGCUAAUAAGAUGAUGGAUAAGUUUCAAAAAUAUUGGGAAGAGUAUAGUGAUGUGCUUUCACUAGGAGCUGUUCUUGAUCCUCGGAUUAAGUUUACUACAUUAUAUUUUUGUCAUAAAAAGAUUGAUGCUUACACACAUGAUGACAAGAUGGAAAAUAUAAAGGCAAGCGUGUAUAAGCUCUUUGAGAAUUAUGUAAACAUUAAUUCAUCAACUACCAUUGAUCAAAGUCAAGAUAACACUCACUCUUCAAGUCAAGGGUCAAUGGAAACGAGAGGAUGGAAUGAUGAGAUCUUUGAUAAAUUGUUCUUGCACAAUCAACACCUUGCAAUAAAUGCUGGAAAAUAUGAACUUGAUAUUUAUUUAGAGGAGCCUAUAUUGGUUAUUGACAACUGGAAUAGUUUUGAUGCAUUGCAAUGGUGGAAGGAUAAUAGUUGUCGUUUUCCGAAUCUAUCAUUAAUGGCUCGUGACUUGUGAAGCAUUCCUAUUACCACUGUGGCAUCUGAAUCUGCUUUUAGCAUUGGAUCACGUGUGCUUAACAAAUAUAGAAAUAAGUUUUUGUCAAAGAAUGUUGAAGCUUUGGUAUGUACCCGCAAUUGGUUGGCUGAUUUUGAUACCAAUGAUGAUGAUGAUGAAGAUGGUAUUUCCCAUAUAUUAGCAUCUUCACGGGGAUCUAAUGGUCAUGAAACUUUGUAGAUGAUCCAAUGAUGAUGGUGUACUUUUGGAUGUUUAGAUUUUGAUAUUGUUCUGUAUUGGCCAUGGGAACUCGUAGGACAAUUUUUAUUUUGUAAUGUGUUUGUCUACUGCUAUGUUGGGAUUUCUUAAUUUAUUGGUUAUGUUUUAUUAGUUACUGUCUUUACACCAUUAUCCA